CUGCAAAUUUUCUUUCAGAUUCUGCCCUUUCCCAAAAAAAAAAAAAAACCAAAGCGACCCAGUUGGUGAACAGAGCACAUUAGAGAUGCGAAGAGGUGGUGGAGGACGAAGGGCCUCUGGGAACUACACGAACCCGUGCUUGACCAUGCACCAACCAUGGGCGUCAUUGUUGGUCUAUGGUAUCAAACGCAUUGAAGGCAGGUCCUGGACUGCUCCUAUUAGAGGUUGCCUUUGGAUUCAUGCUGCAAGUAAAGUUCCGGAGGAAGAUACAAUCAAAGCAAUGGAAGAUUUCUAUAGAGAAAUUUAUGCAGCGAAUGGCAUCACUGACAUAAAGUUUCCAGAACAUUAUCCUGUUUCAAGACUUUUAGGGUGUGUUGAUGUGGUUGGCUGUGUUAGAUGUGAUGAGCUAGCAAGCUGGGAGGCAGUACCUGAAGGGGUGAGACUAGAAGGACAAACAAAUUUUUGCUGGCUUUGUGAACAGCCAAAGAAAUUGCUAGUUCCUUUUGAGAUGCGAGGCUAUCAACGUGUUUAUAACUUGGAAAAGAAGAUAUAUGAGGCUGCUGUUAGAGGUCUUGUCAGUGUUGAAGGUCCAAUGCCAGUAAAAUUUCCCCUUCCAGAUCCUCAAGAUCCCUUUUCCUUAAAACCAGGCUCUAUUUCUGAAGAGGUCUCUGAAAAUGAAGCAUCUGGAGUGGAGAAGUCAGAGAGUCUCAGUGCAGCAAUUGCUGGUGCACGAGCAGCAGCUUCACAGUUCAACAAGAAAGAUUAAAACCUUCUAACUAUUACCAUGAAAAAUUGCUAUUCCAACUCCACAAGCAUGGUCAACUUGACAGCAAAUCAUUGGAAGAAGAUAAAAUGCCACAGAGCUACUCAUGUGGACGUUCUGAUGAGGAAUCCUCAGUUCCGAGCCAGACAGAGCAACACAAUCCCAUUCAGUACUACGAAAGCGGUAGUCACAGUCAAACCUGUGAAGAUUUGAAAUAGAUUCCUGGAGCUUCAACUAAUGGUUUUUGUCAACUUAUCUGUGGUGAUCUUUUUUUAAUUCUGUUCUGUUGUUGCCUGCUUUAGUAAUUUUCCAGAUUCAACCAUGAAUGAGAGGGAUGAGUUCAUGCUCUUAUUGCAAUUUAAUAUAGUAAGAAAAUCCGGGCAGUUUCAAGUCUGAUUUCAGUA